AGAGAGAGAGAGAGAGUAGAGUUGAGGGUCUUCAUUUUAUCCAGACAGUGUCUAACGCGUGGUUAGUGUGCGGAGCACAACAGUCCGUUGUCUUGGGCAUGACGGCGACUAGCCAUGCAUAAACAGACAGGGCAGACAGACAACAGGAAAUAAUGGGCUCCAGCUAUACCUCAUAAACAACCAGCUUGUUGUUCUGUUCAUGUUUUAUCCAGCCAGUCGCUGUCUGAGUUGACCGAGUAUCGACCGUUCGCAUCUAGUCUCAGUCUUCUUUCCAUAUUUUCUCUUCAUCUCUCCUCUCUUUUUCUUCUUCACCAUGGGAUGUUCUUCGUCCAGCACACAGACUGUCGAUGAGGAGAAGAGACCGGGGACAAAACCCGAGGAGUCCAAUGGAGACACAUUUGUUGUCGGGAAUGGUCACAUCUCGGAGGACACGGAGACCAUCGCUGACCAGAUGCAGCUUCCUGUCCAGAGUGCCCUGACUGAUGACUCUGAGGAACCCGUCAUCAUGGCCUCAGAGGCCCUGGAGGCCAUGGGGUCUGGAUGGGAGGAGGACCAGGUCCUGGAGAUGCUGGCUGCAGCCGAGCCAGAGGUUCCCCCUGAAGCCCCUGCUGAGGCUGCAGCCGUAGAUGCAGAGGUCCCUUCAGAGACUGUGGGCUUAGUAGAGGCUGUGGGCUUAGUAGAGGCUGUGGGCUUAGUAGAGGCUGGGGUCCCAGUGGAGGUGGCGGCCCCUGUUGGGGCUGUCGUGGUUGAGGACGCUCCUGUGGCAGAGGCUCCUGCUGAGACAGUGGUGUCUGAGGAGGCCCCUGUUGUUGAAACUGGAGCUGCAGUGGAGGUGGCUACCCUGGUCGAGGCAGCUGCACCUGUAAAAGCUGCUGCCCCAGUCGAGGUGGCUGAAACUGUCCCAGAGGCAGCUCCAGCCCCGACAGCGGAGACCCCAGCUCCAGCUCCGACAGCGGAGACCCCAGCUCCAGCUCCGACAGCGGAGACCCCAGCUCCAGCUCCGACAGCGGAGACCCCAGCUCCAGCCCCGACAGCGGAGACCCCAGCUCCAGCCCCGACAGCGGAGACCCCAGCUCCGACAGCGGAGACCCCAGCUCCAGCCCCGACAGCGGAGACCAAAGAUGCUCCAGCCCCUGUGGCCGCUGUCCCAGAGGGGGCCCCCGCUGUGGAGGCCCCUGCACCCAGUGGCCCCAUAAAUGACCUUGUUGUUGCUGCUGAGCCUGCAGCAGAGCCAAUAACCACCCCUGUAGCUGUGGAGGCCCCUGUAGCAGCCGUUGCCAAUGAGCCUGUGGAGGCCCCAGGACCGGUGGAGGCCCCAGGACCGGUGGAGGCCCCAGGACCGGUGGAGGCCCCAGGACCGGUGGAGGCCCCAGGACCGGUGGAGGCCCCAGGACCGGUGGAGGCCCCAGGACCAGUGGAGGCCCCAGGUGAGGUGACAGCUCCAGCCCCAGAGCCUGCAGUAGGGACUCCUACCCCUGCUCCCGAAGCCGCCCCUGAGCUAACACCAGCCGCCCUUGCUCCUGCUCCCUCAGACGCCCCUACCCCAGAGCUAACACCAGCCACCCCUGCUCCUGUGGCCCCGCCUACUCCUGCCCCAGAGCUAACACCAGCCUCCCCUGCUCCUGUGGCCCCGCCUACUCCUGCCCCAGGGCUAACACCAGCCACCCCUGCUCCUGUGGCCCCGCCUACUCCUGCUAUCUCAAUCCCAGAGAUUGAUGGUGUUCCGGUGGUUGUGUUGGAGGUGGCACAGGAAGCAGCGGCCUUGGUGUUGGCUGGAGUGGCACAGGAAGCGGAGAAAGACAAGAAACAGAACUAAGAAGAGAGGUCAAACUGAGGAGGCCGCUGUGGCCUGGGAAACACAACCUUCUUGGAUAAAACCUCCGUUUUUACAUUCAGAGACGAUUUGUAGAUAAGAUGCACAACCCAAAGACCAGGAAGUUAAAACACACACACACUCAUCUGCCACAACGAUGACAGACCAGGAAGUUAAAACACACACACACUCAUCUGCCACAACGAUGACAGACCAGGAAGUUAAAACACACACACACUCAUCUGCCACAACGAUGACAGACCAGGAAGUUAAAACACACACACACUCAUCUGCCACAACGAUGACAGACCAGGAAGUUAAAACACACACACACUCAUCUGCCACAACGAUGACAUACCAGGAAGUUAAAACACACACUCAUCUGCCACAACGAUGACAGACCAGCUCAGUACAUAUUCCUGUCAGGGUGUGUCCCAAAUGGCACCUAAUUCCCUGAUGAGGGGAUAGGGUGUAAUUUCAGAGUCUUGUCACCAAAGUGCCUUCCCAUCCUGGAAACAUGAAUGGGUCACUUUUCUUCUUCUAUUGGCAAUAACAUUGUUAAAGAGAACUACCAUGUAACCUGGAGACACCUGGGCUUCCAACCAUGUAACCUGGAGACACCUGGGCUUCCAACCAUGUUACCUGGAGACACCUGGGCUUCCAACCAUGUAACCUGGAGACACCUGGGCUUCCAACCAUGUUACCUGGAGACACCUGGGCUUCCAACCAUGUUACCUGGAGACACCUGGGCUUCCUACCAUGUAACCUGGAGACACCUGGGCUUCCAACCAUGUAAC